AUGUCGACACCAAAAGAGAAGAAAGGGGUCCGAAUUCGGAACCUCUUCGGGCGGAUCUUCUCUCCGUCGGAUAAGAGUUCAGACACUUCGCCAUCAAGCAGCAUUGACAUCAGCCAACCGUACAACACCGUUCACCGGAUACACGUUGGUUAUGACGGGCAAAAGUUCAGCGGUCUUCCCCAGCCUUGGAUGGAUAUGUUAUUAAGAGAUAUUAGUUUGGCUGAUCAGAAGAAAAAUCCAUCGGCUGUGGUGACCGCGUUGAAAUUCUAUGCAGCUAGUUUGAAAGAGCAUGAGCAAGCGAAGUUCAUGACGCCAAAAAGCGUUUACAUGGCAUCUGAUGAAGACGAUGUCGACAUCACUCUUGAUGGACAAGUCACUGAACAUUUACGAUCGCUUGAUGUCAAAUCUCCUUCGUCUUCAAACGGUUCGCGAAGCAUCCCUACCUCUUCCACCAAUCAAUCACUAUCAGAAAGAGAGCCACCCAGCCCAGCUCCUCCACAAUUAAAUGAAGUUCCCUCCGUCCCACCACCAGUCGCUCCACGCUCCUCCAAUGCUCAUAAACAACCACCGCCCCUACCACCACAAAGGAGUGAACCCGUAUUGCAAAAGAUUUGCUCAAACGAAUCAGAAAUGAACGCAAAUCUCGGGCAUUCGGCUCCCGUGAAACCUCCUCGUAUCCCGCCUCGAAUUCCACCAAAACCAGCGCACCUAAAGCAAGCGUCGUCGUCGUCGACGUCGACGUCGUCGUCGUCGCCGUCGUUGCUGUUCGCGUCGACGCCAGCAUCGACAUCGACCUCUGACGGGCAAACGGUGAACAACAACAUGGCGAUAAAGACGAUUCACUCGGAUCAGAAUUCGAUUGGGCAUUCUUUAUCGAAUGGAAGCUUUGGAUCGAGCACAUCGGAUGAUCCGAUCGAGCAGCGAUCAUCGAAUAAAGAAAAUCAUGAAAAGACUCAUCAAAACAACAACAAUAACAACAAUGGAACACAGCAGCGAUUGCAGAAUCAGCAGAAUCAGAGAGACGAGAAUGAGCCGGUUCGAGUGAGGAGUCAACCAAGAGAGCAGAAAGGAGCACCGUCGAGGAAGAUGACUGACAAUGAGGUGCUUGACGAGUUGAGAUUGAUCGUCAACUGUGGAAACCCGUUGGACAAAUAUGAAACGAAGAGGCAAAUUGGAGUCGGCGCUUCCGGUACCGUGUUCGUGGCUCAGCGACGAGAUGGUGGCGAUGUGGUGGCCGUGAAGAGAAUGGCAUUCAAAUCGCAACCGAAAAAGGAGAUGCUGUUGACGGAGAUUAAAGUCAUGCAACAGUACAAACAUCCGAACCUCGUCAACUACAUCGAGUCCUAUUUGGUCGAUGCUGAUGAUCUCUGGGUGGUCAUGGACUAUUUGGAGGGCGGAAACCUGACGGAUGUGGUUGUGAAAACCGAGUUGGACGAGGGACAAAUUUCAGCUGUGUUGAAGGAGUGUUUGAAAGCGUUGCACUUCUUGCACAGCCAUUCGAUCGUCCAUCGGGACAUCAAAUCGGACAACGUUUUGCUUGGAAUGGAUGGUGCUGUGAAGUUGACUGAUAUGGGUUUCUGUGCCCAGAUACAGCCGGGAAGCAAGCGAGAUACAGUCGUCGGCACGCCAUACUGGAUGUCACCGGAGAUUUUGAACAAGAAAAAGUACAACUAUAAAGUGGAUAUUUGGUCAUUGGGUAUUAUGGGAUUGGAGAUGAUUGAUGGAGAGCCACCGUAUCUACACGAAACACCGUUAAAGGCUAUCUACUUGAUUGCUCAAAAUGGGAAACCGGAAAUCAAGAAGCGGAACGAGUUGAGCCCUGAAUUCGUGCACUUUUUGGACAGAUGCCUUGUCGUCGAUCCCGAAUGUCGAGCCGACACAAAAGAGCUCCUCAAUCAUCCAUUCAUCUCGCGAGCAAAGCCGUUAAACGCUUUAAUUCCGUACAUUAAAGCGGUUAAAGAAUUGAAAGAAAAGGGAAAA